ACCGGGGUCAGAGAGGGAGGGCAGCAGGCGGGAUCACACAGCGUCCAGAGAAACGAAAAGUUUAUCUUAGCACUCCAGUUCCCUCAGUGGCUCAGGAGAACAUGGCCUCUCUGUGAACCAAAGAGGCUCAGUCACCAACUGACUCUGGAUCGGCAGGAGAUGAUUACCAGGUGAAUCUCCUGUUUUUGAGGAUAAAUCCGAGUCUCUAUUUGUGAGCCAAUAUGGGGGACUGGAACUCAUUGGGGAAGCUGCUGGAGAGCGCCCAGGAACACUCCACUGUUGUGGGCAAAGUCUGGCUCACAGUGCUGUUCAUCUUCCGGAUCCUGGUGCUGGGGGCCGCCGCUGAGAAGGUGUGGGGCGACGAGCAGUCCGGCUUCACGUGUGACACCAAGCAGCCCGGUUGUCAGAACGUCUGCUAUGACAAGACCUUCCCUAUUUCUCACAUCCGCUUCUGGUCGAUGCAGAUCAUCUUUGUCUCAACGCCAACUCUCAUUUAUCUCGGCCACAUCCUUCAUCUGGUCCGCAUGGAGGAAAAGGACAAACAGAAAGAGAAGGACCAUGCCAUGCAGGGUGAAAAGCAAACCCAGGAGUUACUUGUCACUAAAGCCAAGAAGGCCUCAAUUAAAGACAACCAGGGCCAUGUUCGCUUGAAAGGCGCACUCUUGCGUACCUACGUCUUCAACAUUAUUUUCAAGACCUUGUUCGAAGUGUUCUUUAUUGUAGCUCAGUACUUCCUGUAUGGUUUCGAGCUCAAGGCAAUGUACACCUGCGACCGCUGGCCUUGCCCUAAUAUGGUGAACUGCUACAUCUCCCGACCCACUGAGAAGACGAUCUUCAUCAUCUUCAUGCUGGCCGUGGCCUCCGUCUCCCUGCUGCUCAACCUGGUGGAAAUUUACCAUCUAGGUUUCAAAAAGUGCCAGCAGGGCCUCCGUUACAGACGAUCACAUGCUAUUAGUGAGGCUUCCAAGACCCGAACUGAAGCCAUACCCUGUGUCCCAGAAUAUAGCUACUUUUCUGGGCAUCAUGCAGUGCCUGGACCUUUCCAUACGGAGCAAACCUCAGCCUUCAGCCCCUACAGCAGCAAAGUGGUCUUCAAGCAGAACAGAGACAAUAUGGCGGUGGAGAGAAAAGGUCAAGAAGAGGAAGAUGAUAUGGAGGAGAAUAAACUCGCAAACCAGGCCUUAUUAGAGAUGCAGAAUCAGCAUAGAACUAGUUGUCAGUCGAGCAGACAGAGCAGUCACAGGAGCCGGAUGGACGGCCUGAAUAUCUAGAGACUUUAUAUGAUUUUCCUCGGAGACUCAGGAACAACAUGCAUUUGCCUGUGAAUAUUUGCAUGUGUAUGGAAGACUAUUCGAGACAAAACUAUUAGGUGACUGCAUAACAGAAAAUAGCCGAGAUCAACUUUCAAGUAAAGAUCUGACUGUAAGAGGCCUUUACAAACAAGCUUUGAAUGACAUACCCAUAAAUGGCUCCUACUGUUUGGUCACAUUUCUCAGGGUUAAAUAUGGCGAGACAUAAAAAUGUUUGCUCUUUUUUCACUAAGAGUUAGAUUGUCUUUGUUUGUCUCGAAAGACUGUCCCAUGUUAACGAUUCUGCUCAUGCAUUUUUUGAAAUUUCAACUUAAGGUUCAAAAUAGUUUUCACUUUACUCUACAUUUUUGAAUUGAUGAACUUCCAUGUUUGUGGGUGAUUAAGUAUACAAUGUACUUCUUAAAACUGUGAAAAGCAUGCAAGAGAUGUCCUAACAAAAGCAAAAAUAUGUUGUUAGUCAAAAAUUGACCUUAU